UCAGUCGGCGGCGGCUGCUGCUGCCUGUGGCCCGGGCGGCUGGGAGAAGCGGAGUGUUGGUGAGUGACGCGGCGGAGGUGUAGUUUGACGCGGUGUGUUACGUGGGGGAGAGAAUAAAACUCCAGCGAGAUCCGGGCCGCGAACGAAAGCAGUGACGGAGGAGCUUGUACCACCGGUAACUAAAUGACCAUGGAAUCUGGAGCAGAGAACCAGCAGAGUGGAGAUGCAGCUGUAACAGAAGCGGAAAACCAACAAAUGACAGUUCAAGCCCAGCCACAGAUUGCCACAUUAGCCCAGGUAUCUAUGCCAGCAGCUCAUGCAACAUCAUCUGCUCCCACCGUAACUUUAGUACAACUGCCCAAUGGGCAGACUGUUCAAGUGCAUGGAGUUAUUCAGGCGGCACAGCCAUCAGUUAUUCAGUCUCCACAAGUCCAGACAGUUCAGUCUUCCUGUAAGGACUUAAAAAGACUUUUCUCCGGAACACAGAUAUCAACUAUUGCAGAAAGUGAAGAUUCACAGGAAUCAGUGGAUAGUGUAACUGAUUCCCAAAAACGAAGGGAAAUUCUUUCAAGGAGGCCUUCCUACAGGAAAAUUUUGAAUGACUUAUCUUCUGAUGCACCAGGAGUGCCAAGGAUUGAAGAAGAGAAGUCAGAAGAGGAAACUUCAGCCCCUGCCAUCACCACUGUAACGGUGCCAACUCCAAUUUAUCAAACGAGCAGUGGACAAUACAUCGCCAUUACCCAGGGAGGAGCAAUCCAACUGGCUAACAAUGGUACUGAUGGGGUACAAGGUCUGCAAACAUUAACCAUGACGAAUGCAGCUGCCACUCAGCCUGGUACUACCAUUCUGCAAUAUGCACAGACCACUGAUGGACAGCAGAUCCUAGUACCCAGCAACCAAGUUGUUGUUCAAGCUGCCUCUGGUGAUGUACAAACAUACCAGAUUCGCACAGCACCCACGAGCACUAUUGCCCCUGGAGUUGUGAUGGCCUCCUCCCCAGCACUUCCUACACAGCCUGCAGAAGAAGCAGCACGAAAGAGAGAGGUUCGUCUAAUGAAGAACAGGGAAGCAGCACGAGAGUGUCGUAGAAAGAAGAAAGAAUAUGUGAAGUGUCUAGAGAACAGAGUGGCAGUGCUUGAAAACCAAAACAAGACAUUGAUUGAGGAGCUAAAAGCGCUUAAGGACCUUUACUGCCACAAAUCAGAUUAAUUUGGGAUUUAAAUUUUUACCUGUUGCGGUGAAAAUGGACUGGAUUGGCCACAACCAGAGAGACAAAAUAAACAUUUUAUUUUCUAAACAUUUCUUUUUUUUCUAUGCGCAAAACUGCCUGAAAGCAACUACAGAAUUUCAUUCAUUUCUGCUUUUGCAUUAAACUGUGAAUGUUCCAACACCUGCCUCUACUUCUCCCCUCAAGAGAUUUUCAGCACCAGGAAUCAUGAAGAGACUUCUUUCCAUCUCCUACUUUCCUCAAGAAGUAAUCAAUUGUUUACGUGUAAAUUGUUGGGGGAAAUGAGGAAAAUGAAAUUUUUCUAAGUGAUUUCAAGGUUUGUGCUGAGCUCCUUGAUUGCCUUAGGGACAGAGUUACCCUAGCCCCUCUGAGCUGAAGUAAUGUGUGGGCCACAUGCAUAAAGUAAGUAAGGUGCAAUGAAGAAGUGUUGAUUGCCAAAUUGACAUUUUCACGUUUCCAUUAUGAAUUAUUUAAAACAACAAAAAAGGGGCACACCUCCUAAAAAAGGAUCUUGGUGUGGUGCUGAGAAUGGAUAUGGAGUACUUUCUAUGUGUGUUCUUUCCUUUGGUACUAAAGCCUUGUCCUCGGCUCUUACAAACCUACAGCGCUUCCACAGGAUAGGUGUUGCUUCUUAAUUCAGUUUUGUGUGUGUUCAACAUUGUUGAAUACUUUAAAAAGGAAGUAACCAACUGAAUGAAAAAGCAUGAUAUUUUUAAGUUAAAUUGAAGUAAAAGUAAAAAGUUUAUUUAAGUUAGUGCUGAAUUUCAGUAGACAGAUGCUAACUAGGAAUCCAAGCCCUUGGGUUGAUAGCAAGUUUAAUAAAUAAUAAAAGCUUUUGUCCUUGCCUUUGAAAAUAUUUAUAUUGUCACUUAUUUAACAAGCUAUUUCUAAUUUACUGUUUCCCUUUGCACUUGCAUUGUGCCACCAACAAGAAAGUGUUCAAGCUGUCAAAGUAAUGUGAUUUGUUAUAGAAAAGUACUACUUUUUGAAUACUUCAUAUUACUAGACUUGUUCAGAAAAUCUGCGUUUUUUAAAAGAAGUUGCAAGGAUGUGGUUAAAAGUACAUUUUUAGAUAUGUAUGAGAAAAUUAAUUUUCUUCCAACAUUUGACUGUCUACUGUGCUGCAAUAUUUGGCUUGUCAUGUAAAAUAUUUUUGUUUUCUAAACUUGGGUAAUUAUGCUUUAGCUUUCCCAUAGGCUAUUUUCUCAUGUUUAAAGGAGCUACCUAUUUUAAUGCAUAUUUUGAUUGUCUGCAUUUAUGUUUAUUAUGCAUUGUGUCCAAUAACAAUAUUACUCAUUCACUAAGCUUGGUAAGAUGUACAUGUUAGUAUUCAAAAGAAAAAUAAGACGUGGAUUUUUAAAAUUGGAGACAUAAUGAUAGAUUACUUCUCAUUUGAAAAAUUCCUUUUUAAGAAAUCAAAAAACUUAGAAUAAUGUUUAUAUUUAAUCAUGGGUUAUUAAGAAAGCUAAUUAAGUUUAGUAUGAUAACAAAAUACUCAAACAAGUGCAUUAGUUGUUGGACCUAUUUUUAAGGAAAAGAUUUUAAAUUAAUAUUUGUAAAUGUUCUGUUUUGUUUGUAACAAGCCAUUGUCUUUUUUCAAGGAUGAACAGUUUAUGAAGGAGCUUCACUCUUAAGAAUUGAGUGGUGUAGUCUUUCUGUUUGGGCAGUUCAUCAGAUUCUCCAGAAGGCUUUCAAACAACUAUAAAGUUUGAAGUUUGUCCUGCUGAGCUUGUGGGGAAAGAGAUAGCAUGAAAAUUGUUUGUAUGCCAACAUAGAAAGGUCAUUUUCUAAACAUGGUUUAACCAACAAGCAAAGUUGCUUCUCUGUUACAAACUGGAAUACAAACUGGAAUUAUUUCACAUGGAGUGUCACAUUGAACAUUUUCAGUGUCAUAAUUAUGUGAACAAAUUAUCUGGUGUAUAACAUAUUGUAAUUUCUAUUCCUUUUUUCAAAAAGUUGAAGCUUCCUACUUAAUUUGGAAGUUGGUGGUUCCCAUAGUCCCUUAUCAAUCAAGGCAGUCAGUCAUGCUUACCUUGGCUGGAUGGCGUUACAAGUGACCAAGACCUGGUCCUUUAUAGCUAGAGGAUGAAUGCACUGGUGUGAGUUUAGUCAGUAAGGUGAGAAGUAUAUUGUGUUGCUUAAUAUGUUUUAGACCCAUGAGACUUGAAGAUUUCAGUUUAUACAGAUACAAAUCAAGCAUCUUUUGUGCAGGCUUUUUUAAUAUGAGAAUAGGGGGGAAAUGUGUUUGCUUGUAAGCUAGAAACUUGGAGAAUCUUUAUUAAGAAAAUGACAUAAGUUUUUUAAAAAUCUUGUAGCCAAGGACAUAUGUGGCCACAUUAUUAGUAAUAAAUGUUUUUCUCUUCAUAUUGGCCAAAAGGGAAUGAAAAUGUCAUCAUAGGAUUCUGUACAUAUGCUACUGAUUUGCCUAGAAAAUAGCAAGUUUGGUAUUGCUCACUUUGCAAAUAUAGGGCCAUUUGGCACUUUUAUUAUAGGACAGAUUAACUCUAAUAAAAUGAAGUGGGGAGGGGUUUAUUUUUGAUAUAUUACUCUUAUGAGUUUUCAAGCUUUGAUAGUGUCUGACUCAAAAGUGAUUUAGAAAGGGCUAGAUCCAAUGUCUUCACAUUAUUAAAAAAUAUGAGAUACAAUUUUAAGUUCAUUCUUUUUUCAAACUCAAGUACCAUACUGGCAACCAUAUUAUUGUCAUAGGUGCUCUGUUUGUUUAGAUAUUUAGGGGUGGGGUUGGGAAAAAGGCAUUUGUAUAAUAUGUGUACAUAUAUACAUACGUACAGUAUAUAAUCUAAAGCUCUGAGAGCUCUGAAGUCAGGAAUGCUAAGUAUUAUAGUAUAUUGAGGUCAGAAGAAAUUUUUACAUUUUUGUGUGUUCUCUUGCAUCCUUUUUGGUAGUUUCAGUGACUGCAUUACUCCAGCACUCACGACUGAAUUUUAUUUUUUAAUUUUCUUCCAAGUAUUUGUUUUUGUUUUUGUUUUUUAUUUUCUUUGGCUUGAUGCUUUUAAAUGUGUUACUAGUCACUUGGAAACUCCCAACCCCCAAAGUAUUGAUUUUUUUUUUUUUUUGCUUUGUUUUUGGCAGCUAUAAAGUAGUACUACAUUUUGAAAACAACUUUUAAAAGAAACCACUGGCCUUUCAAAAAUUAUACUGGAGAAAGGAUUUUCAUGUUUCGUUUGAGCAGGAAUUUUUGUCAGGAAAUGUGUUUGAUAGUAGGUCAGCAAGUAGUGCUAGUAUUUGAAAGCACAAAAGAGGUCGGGCAGGCUCUCCAAUCAGAAGUCAUCUGGCUGAAGUUUCUGCCUCUCAGGACUACUCCCUACUAUCGUGUUGACCAUUUGGGGUGACAUGGAAUCAUACAAAGGCUUAGGGCUUAGAACAAGUUUGUAAAAACCAGGAUGCUUUUACCUACUUGAAGUGACUUCAGUCUAGAUCUAUUCAUUUCAUGCUCAGUCCUUAUUCUGUGAUCAACUUUAGUUAGCUAUGAAAUUGGUUUCUGUCUACCAAAGGCUGCUUCAUUUUACAGGAUUAAGUAAGGCUAAUAUUAUAGAAACUGGGCUUGAUUUUGUUGGCUUUAUAACACUGAAUGAAAACUGUUGGUAUAUUAUUUCCCAUGACCUACAAAAGUUGUGUAUUUAUUUGGAUUGUAUUUGCAUUAAUUCUUUGUAAAUGUCUAGUAUAACUUGCACUUUUGAAAAAAUGGCCCAGUUUGGGUAUUAGCAGUUUAGGUAUUCUCUCAUCAAUUAGUUAUCAACUGACCUUUUGGUCUUUCUCAACUCUUUUUCCAUAAUGUGGCUUUGUAAUGGAGGCUUUUCAGUGAUUACAGAUCUUUACAUAUGAAAGCUAGCCUUAAGUGUAUUAUAAAAACAUUUCUAAAAAUUAAUUUUGACUAGUUGAAUUAGAAAAUGGGCUCAAGCUUUUUCAUCAUGGAUAUUGAAGGAGAAAUAACUCAAAAUAAUGAAACUUUUAUCCUUACUCCAACAUCAAUUAGUAACUAGAUUAUGCCAAAAUAACCCAUUAACUUUUCUAGGUAGUAAAAGCUUUUUAAAAAGCAACUAUGAAUCAUGGGAGACCAUAUAAUAGUCAUGUUUACUGAAUUAUUUUCAUUUUAAAUGCUCUUUGUUGGCAUCAAAGAAAUGCUACCUAAAUUUGGUCUCAGAUGAGGAAAGUGGUAUGUGCUUAGUAAGUCUGUAGGUGAAGAAUUACAAACUGAAUUUGUUCACUCAUUCGUACAGAGCACAACUAGAAUGUUUGUUGGGUGGCUUAUAUGUGUUGGUUACUUUUCAUAUUAAGUAUGACUUUUUUAGUUAACUAUACGGUCAUUAUAUGUACUAGGAACUGGUUUCCUUCACUUUCUAGAAUCAGUGGCCAAGAGAGGCAUUAAUCUGAUAGGUUGGACAUAUCAUAAAGUUGAGUCACUAUGGAAGAAUUUCAAACAAAUCAAACAGGGUGCUGAAGUUCCAUUUGUCUCAUCUGCUAUGGUAUGUUCUUACUGAUUAGUGAAUGUAGUUUUAAGCCUUUGUAUGUGUCCUCAGGGGCAGACAAACUUUUAAGAGGGACCAGAUAACAUUUGAAUGGAAGACUUACAUUUCAGGUGUUUUAGCUUGAAAUUUAUUUUUUAAAAAAAAAUAAAAAUAAAAAAAAGCUUGGGAAGCACGUUGAUAUAAAAACAGGCAGAGUUGAUUAGUACAGAAAGAAAAUACUGACCUGUCAGCAUUCAGGUCCCAGCAGAGUAAACAUGAUACAUUUCAAAUUAUCACCAGCAAGUAAAAGGUGAACAAUCUAUGGGAAUGUCUGAGAAGGGUCAGACAGUAGGAAACUCCCAUCUUACCUAUGUUCUGGGCAUCAUUAACACUUGCUGAUAGGAAGAUGUAUGGCAUUUCUCAGUUUCUGUGUAAGGAGCAGCUCAGAAACGUGAGAGUAAAUAUGAGAUGUUGGAAAGUUAGUAGGGAAGGAAGAAAGUCCCUGCAGAUAAUGAUCAUGUGAGUUGGCCACAUAAAAAGAUUUAUCAUGUUUGAGAAGUUUUCUUAGGUUUUAAAAAUUGAAUUAGUAAGUGCUUUAUAGAUGUAUUUUUAUCCAGGUGCCACUCCAACAUUUAUGUAGUAAAAUUAUUUAUAUUAAAAGUGGGAAAUAAUUUGUCAACAUUUUCUGAGUAUAGAUUUGUUUGGGGUGGCAAAGAAGAGUGCUAGUUAGCAGUUUUCCAUGUAAAAUUGUCUUUGGUUUGUCACUUGUGACCUCCCCUCUUCCAGGAAUUAUUUCCAACCCACAUGUGUCACUUGAGACUUUUUAGAAACAAUGACCAGGGAAGUUUCUAGAAGAGUGUUUGGCUUUCUGGUUUUCCUUGCGUAUUGGGGUAAAGAGCACUUCCCCUAAAACUAACAGCACAAAACAGGGCAUCACUUUUUAACUCUGAGAUUUCCAUUGGAGUUGGGUACUAAAUAAGUAUAAUGAGGGGAAUACAUUUCUAAUAAAACUCUCACCAUUCUAGAAACAUCCCUGGUUUCAUUUUUUUACCUAAAUCGUUUUGUGCUUUAUGUGUAAAGAAAAAAUAAUGUACUGAGUUACAAUGCAUUUUAUUAACACUAUGUACAUAUUAGCUGCUUUGUGUUCAGAAUGAUAGCAGUUGCUUUGUAUAUUAAAAGUGAUCCUUGUGAAUUUGUGAAAUAUUGUCAUAAAGUGCUUUUUCUUACUGUAAUCUUUGUGGUAUCAACUGUCAUAGUGCCCUUUUUACACAAACAUUUACGUGCAGUCACAUAAACAUGCUUUUAAAAUCUC